CGUACCGGAUCACGUGCGAUCGCGUUCCACGCAUUAAAGUCUCCGUAUGAAUUUCAUAAGAAAAAUAUUUGGACGCAUAGAUUUCUCUCCGAGAUAUUUUCAACCGUUUAGUUUCGCAGCAGUUCAUCUGGCCCGCGUGACAUUUAUCAAGAAAUGUCAAACGGCCAUUACAAGUGAAGUUGUGCGCAUCGGAAUCCGCGUUUAUUGACAAACAUUAAAUUACCUGUCAGCAAAAUCUCAUAAGAAUCAAGGAAAAUAAUAUGGAUUUCCAAGCGAACGCUUCAAACAUGUUUACCAGGUUUGACGCCACCAAGUCUACCAAAGGAGCCAGUAAACUCCGGAGGGACCUGAUCAACGCGGAGAUCGCCAACCUGCGAGACCUGUUGCCGCUGCCGCCAUCGACCCGGCAACGGUUGUCGCAACUGCAAUUAAUGGCUCUGGUCUGCGUUUACGUCCGGAAAGCCAACUACUUCCAACAAGCUUUCAAGCGUCACGAGUGUUUACACCACCAUUGUUUACCAACACCAGGGUACGGGUUUUCCAAGGCACUCAGUGGGUUUUUGAUGAUGAUGACACAAAACGGUAAACUGCUGUACAUAUCAGAUAACGCUGCCGAGUACUUAGGCCACUCCAUGGAGGAUCUUCUAAUACACGGCGACAGUGUAUACGAUAUGAUCGACAAGCAGGACCACCAAGCUGUACAGACAGAACUUUCAAGAAGUCAGACAUCUGCAGAAGACUUAGGUUGCAAACGAAUGUUCUUGUGUCGAAUGAACGUCUCCAGGAAUGCCAGAAGACAAAUGAGAUUCGGUGACCAAAAGGUUGUACUUGUACAAGGUCACUACUUAUCCUAUCUGCCUUUAUGCAGCAGAAAUGAACCCGUAUUCCUAGCUACUUGUAGUCCGGUAGCGAUGCCAGAAACCAGGGAAGCCGUGGUCCAAGGUUCUACCACCGUAUUCACAGCAAUCCACUCAAUGGACAUGAAGUUUAUACAUGUAGAUAAAAUAGGAGAGUUUCACCUAGGGUUUUCUCGUGCUGAACUUCAAGGAGUUUCAUGGUACCAAUUGCUACACUGGGAAUGCAUGCGAGAAGCCCAAAGCAAACACAGACUGAUAACACAGUCAGAACAAGAUCGAUCUUGUAUACUGCUGGCCAGAAUACAAAAGAGGACCACAGGAGAUUGGCUUUGGAUACACUGCGUGUUGCAGGUCAAAGACAACAUGGAAAAUAGCCAACAGCCAGUCAUCGUCAGCACUAAUCAAGUGCUUACGGAUCAAGAAGCAGCUGUAAUGAGAUCCAAUAGUUGGCUUUACCAUUACUAUAUGGUUCAAAGUAAACUUCAAUACGGUAUGCAGUUUGACACACAGACUUCUCCAAGGGUACCAUCUGUCGGUCCAACAUCAUCAACUCAGAGUACUUCUUCAGGCCCUGUUUACGCUUACCAACAACCUCCGUUACAGCAUAGGCCACAACAGUUACAACAUGUUCAUGAGAGCUCACCUUACUCUACCGAACCACAACAGCCUCAACACUUUCAUCAAUUGCCCGAUAGUUAUUUCCGGUAUGCUAAUGGUCGACAUAGGCUAGAACCAGAACCAGUAGACUAUUCGCUUCAUUCGCCGGAACAAACUCCACCACCGCCAUUAACGAUGAAAACAGAAGAAUCGGCUGAUUCGCCGGUGUCCCCGAUGGGUGCAGAGACGGGUGGAUGCACAGCGACAGCGUUAUCUUUACCAUCAGCCACUUCUCUUGGUAGAUCCCGAGCGCUAGUCAAAGCUGCCAUGGAUCCUGGUGACAUGAUGAUGGACACGUGGAACCCAAGUCCACCGUGGUCCGAUUGCUGUUCGGGUACACAAAAGGUACCUGACGUAGAUAUGCUCGGUACCGGUUAUUGUGGACAACCAACUCCUCCAACUCCUGGCAGUGGUGGUUCCUAUCAUUUACCAACAACACAUCAGAACACUUCAGCAUCUCAACCUUCAACAUUUACAUUUGAUUGGUCUGGUGAACAGUACGUGCCAAAUGUGCAUGAAGUGCUAGUUGAGCCACCGCCACACUACAUAGUUCCAUUUCCACCAUGGCCCCAAACGGUCGACCAUCAUAGACUAUUCCCAUUACAACCACCACCGGUUGGAACACUUAACAGGCCUUCAUUAAUUGUGCGACUUGACCAAGACACGGCUGCUGAUACAUCAGUUCAAGAUGGCCGAGAGAGUGAUAUGAGUUAAUACCAUAUGAAGACAUGCAAAAUAGAUGUUUACUGAAACUAAAAACGAAAUACUGUUGAUGUUUAAGGUUAAUCAUCUUUAAAUGACAUAGUUUUAAUAUUCUUACAUUACAGUUAUUUAGCUUAUUAUUAUUAAACUUUCAUAAUCCACCAAGCUGCGCCUGUGAUCUCUGUUAUAGACGAUUAUUAUUAUCAUUACUAUUAUUAUUUAAAUAUUAGAAAUACGUUGUUUACAUAAUUUUAUGUAUAUACGAUAUUGAACAAAAGAUCCCCGUUUACUAAUUUUGUUUUUUAUCAAUUAGUUUUUAAAAAUUGUUGGUUUUUUUUAGUAUAAAAAUUUAUUUUAAUCGUGUAAAUAAAAUAUUUUUAUUUGAAUAUUAAUAUAUAUAUAUAUAUUGUACAUUUUAAUGUAAUGUAAAUGAUACAUAUUUGUGUAUUAUUAUUAUUAUGGCUGGCAUAGUGCAAUACUUGUUUGGAGCCGCUUAAAAGUUGUUAUUACUUAUUAGUUUACUAUAAUGUUAAGAUGUACAAGUAACAGAAAAAGAAACUCG